AGCUGAUCGAUUAGAUGUCGUAAAUCCCCCAUCAGGCGCCCGAAGCCGCGUUGGUACAGAAGCAUCAGGCCUCAUGAAGACUAUCCACUCUCAGAUCGACAUUCAGAUUCCUGAGGAUGUCAAGGUGACUCUUAAGUCCCGUCAUAUCGUUGUCUCGGGCAAGUACGGCAAGCUCGAGCGAACUUUCCGUCAUAUCCCUGUUGACAUGAAGCUUGUCGAGGAUGGCAGGAAGAUCACUGUCGAGAUGUGGUUCGGUCUUACCAAGAACAAGGCUUGCAUCCGCACUGUUUGCUCCCAUAUCGAGAACAUGAUCACCGGUGUCCGUCAGAGAUACCAGUACAAGCUCCGUUUCGUGUACGCACAUUUCCCUAUCAACUCCAACAUCACCAACGACGGUUCCACUAUCGAGAUCCGUAACUUCUUGGGUGAGAAGGUCGUACGUACUGUCGACAUGAUGCCCGGUGUCUCCGUGAGGAAGUCCGAUGAUGUUAAGGAUGAGGUCAUUGUUGAGGGGGCCGACUUGGAGCUUGUCUCCCGCUCUGCCGCUCUCAUCCACCAAUCGACUCUCGUACGCCACAAGGAUAUCCGUAAGUUCUUGGAUGGUAUCUACGUGACUGAGUCUGGUGUGAUUGACCAAUUGGAGGAGUAAACAGUAGCAAUGACUUGAAGAAUAGCAGUAGUACUGCUAUUCAAUCAACAACAUCUCUGCUGUGGAUAAUGUCUCGCCACCAGCGUCGGAGGAGGAGAGCUUCUGCCAA